GACCCAAAACUCUAGAUGUGGAGUAAAACCGUAUUUGGAUCGCUACGUGAAGCAGAUAUUUGGUCAGAUUCCAUGGCAUCUUGGAUAAACCACGAGCUCGCCACACGCCCUCUACACGUGGUGCAACCUCCUCCCUCCACCUCUGUUCUCAUCCUACGCUCCAAAAUGAGCCCCAUCAGAAUGGAACUCUCUCAAAGGGAGCUUAUAUUAUAUCAUCAGCCUCUUCAUCACUUCACCUCUCAUCUGCAUCUUUCUCAUCUUGUCUUCAUUUCUGUGAUAGAAUUAGCCAUGCUUGUGGGAGGUGUUUCAGUUGUUUCUCUCUUAGGGUCGUCAGGGGAGGGUCUUGGAAGUCCUCUUUUUGGUAGCUUCGGCUCUUCUUCCUCUUGUACUUCUCGGUGGCUGAGGAGAAGAGGGAAUAAUGGAUUGGUGGUGAGGGGAUCAGGAGAGAGAAGUAAUGAGUUGUCGACUAGUAGAGUGGUAUUUCAGCCGUUUGAAGAGUUGAAGAAGGAGGAUUUUCUUGUUCCGAUUUCUCCUCAACAUUCGCUUGCUCGCCAAGGCUAUUCCGAGGAGUGUGAAGCAGCCAUUAAUGAACAAAUCAAUGUGAAAUACAAUGUGUCUUAUGUGUAUCAUUCAAUGUUUGCAUACUUCGACAGGGACAACAUUGCUCUCACGGGCCUUGCCAAAUUCUUCAAGGAGUCGAGUGAAGAAGAAAGACAGCAUGCUGAGAAGCUGAUGGAAUACCAGAACAAAAGAGGAGGAAAAGUAAAGCUACAUCCUAUCCUGAUGACCCCUUCAGAGUUUGAUCAUGCUGAGAAGGGAGAUGCAUUGUACUCUAUGGAGCUAGCAUUGUCAAUGGAGAAGUUAACAAAUGAGAAACUCCUGCUCCUGCACAGUGUGGCAGAUCGAAACAAUGAUCCCCAGUUGACAGAUUUUAUUGAGAGCGAGUUUUUGACAGAGCAGGUUGAAGCCAUCAAGAAGAUCUCAGAAUAUGUUGCCCAACUGAGAAGGGUUGGAAAGGGACAUGGAGUGUGGCACUUCGAUCAAAUGCUCCUCGAAGAGGGUGGUGCAGCAUGAUGAAGCCUCAUAGUGUCAGUUCUCUUUCUUGGUCAGUCUUAGAUUUCAGGAGUGGCUUUCAGCAGUGUGGCACUUCACAUAUGGAGUUAUUUACAGUAUUGUCAUCUGCAGAAAUAUGCAUUGCUCUUUUGACAAAGGAGAGAAUGUUCUUGAAUUCAGAGAGAAUAGAAUGAUUGUUGUCAUUAAUAGAUGAAAAAUAUUAGUAUAAAAUAAAGCUGUUAGUUGCAUUGCUUUCACCUAGUAGAGAAAAUAUUCAAUCAAAGUUUCAGUUGCAAGCUCGACGGGCUUUUCGCUUCUGAUAGUUUAUGGGAACAAUAAAAGAGUUUAAGCAUCUUAGAAUGAUGCUCCAUACUCCUACUCCUAUUUGCCCAUGAAUUGUAUCAACUAUUUUUAUAAAUGCCAAAUUUGAUUAGAAGAUAA